AGGUACCUUACCGCGAGCGCUGCAUAAGUGCUUCCUUUUCUGUGUAAAGUUUUCAUAAUGGGUCGUGUCAGAACCAAGACAGUCAAAAAGGCCUCCAAGGUCAUCAUUGAGAAAUACUACACCCGCCUUACGCUUGAUUUCCACACAAACAAGCGUAUUGUCGAGGAAGUCGCCAUCAUCCCGACCAAGCCACUCCGCAACAAGAUUGCUGGUUUCGUCACACAUUUAAUGAAGCGUCUCCGCCACUCACAGGUCCGCGGAAUUUCCAUCAAAUUGCAAGAAGAGGAACGUGAACGUCGCGACAACUACGUGCCCGAAGUUUCCGCAUUGGAGCAAGACAUCAUCGAAGUUGAUCCCGAAACCAAGGAAAUGUUGCGUAUGCUUGACUUCACAAACAUUACCGGACUCCAAUUGACACAACCAACCACCGGUAACUUUGGCAACCGAGGAAACCGCAACUAAAUUGUAUCAUUGAGUGCAUCGGAGACCAUCUGCCGACGGAUAAUUUUGUAUCAAUACAAAAAAAUCAAGACUUCCUUGAUGAAAUAAAUAAUUUUGAAGACCAUAAAAAA